UGAAUAACACUUGUAAUAAAUCUAGAGGAGGAUCGGUUUCGAAGAAAGGAACUAAAUCAAAGUUGGAUUCAAAGAUGUGUGUGUGAUGGAGCUAGUGAUAACGAAAUUAGAUUGGUAUUAAAAUAAAAGCUGGGAAGUGAGUGAGUGAUUGAUAUUGAAGAGGAGCAUCCAUAUAUAAAGGAAGGUUUAUGUUUGAGUUUUGUGUCAUUAAAUUUCGAGACAAAUAUUAAGUUAUUUACAGCAAGUGAAAGUGAAUUAUAAUGAUGGGAAUGAUGGGUUGGGGAGCAACAGAACAAGGUUGGAGGAAGGGUCCUUGGACUCCUGAAGAAGAUAAGCUACUUACUGAGUAUGUCAACUUGCAUGGAGAAGGAAGAUGGAGUUCUGUAUCUAUGUCUUCAGGUUUGAACAGGAGUGGAAAGAGUUGCAGGCUGAGAUGGGUGAAUUAUCUAAGACCUGGACUUAAGAGAGGGCAAUUAACACCUCAGGAAGAAGGGAUUAUUAUUGACCUGCACGGUUUAUGGGGUAACAAGUGGUCAACAAUUGCAAGAUACUUGCCUGGGAGAACAGACAAUGAGAUAAAGAACUACUGGAGAACCCAUUUCAAGAGGAAAGAAAAAGCAUCUCAAAAGCAAGAGAAACGAAAGGCUCAACUUCUAAAACAAAAGCAAGAGGCACAACAGCAACAACAACAAGAAGAUAACAUGAAUAAGCUUAUGGUCGUCUCACCUCAUGCAGAUAAUAACCAUACACGCAAUAAUGAAAAAAAUAUCACUGGAGAAGCGCAAGAAAAGCCGCAAACGGUUUUCAUACACCCCACUAUGGAGUACGAUCAGUUCUUGCCGGCUGUUACGUAUAAUGAUUUUUCAUCUGGGCCGUCGUCGGAUCAGUAUAUGAUAGUAGAUGAAGGCCUGUGUGGUGGACUCUGGAACCUUGAGGUUCCAUUGCAGCAUGGGUACCAAGAAACAAGUAAUUGCAACAAGAUGGCCAUGCAAAAUCAGCCAGGGACAGCUUUUGCUUUUGGAGGAGAGGCAAACUAUAACUUAUACUACAACGAAGGAGGCUAUAUUUUUUAAGAAGACAAGGAGCAAGCAAAAUGUGAUCAUCAGUAGUUCUUAGUUAUGUUUAACUGGCUUUAAUUAAUAUCAUGCAUGCAUAUUAUAACAUUAUUUGUAUAAGCAAAGAAUAAGUUAAGAUCGUGUGAAAUUU